GUGGGGGCGGCUCGGCGGAACCAGCCCCGGCUGGGCAGCAGCGGGGACGCCGGGGGCCGGGGGCCGGGGCCAGGGCUUUCCGGGCUUCGGUGAGGCCGCCGUGGGCCCCAUCUUCCGGCGGUCGCCGGAGUUUGUGGUGAUUGUUGCUGUCGCCGCCACCGCCCCGGCUGCCAUCUCCUCCUCCUGGGCCGCCGCCUCCUCCUCUUCCUCCUCCUCCUGGGCCGGGCUGAUCCCCUCCCCGCUGCCGCCUCCUCCUGGGCUGGGCCCGCGGUGUCUCGUCCCCUCGCGGAGCCGCUCCUGCCGCCGCCGCCGCCUCCUCAUUCAUCCUCGUGCACCAUAGGCGGCACAGGCACCAAGAUGUCCAACCGAGUGGUCUGCCGGGAAGCCAGUCACGCCGGGAGCUGGUACACAGCCUCAGGACCGCAGCUGAAUGCACAGCUAGAAGGUUGGCUUUCACAAGUACAGUCUACAAAAAGACCUGCUAGAGCCAUUAUUGCACCCCAUGCAGGAUAUACGUACUGUGGGUCUUGUGCUGCCCAUGCUUAUAAACAAGUGGAUCCGUCUAUUACCCGGAGAAUUUUCAUCCUCGGGCCUUCUCAUCAUGUGCCCCUCUCUCGAUGUGCACUUUCCAGUGUGGAUAUAUAUAGGACACCUCUGUAUGACCUUCGUAUUGACCAAAAGAUUUACGGAGAACUAUGGAAGACAGGAAUGUUUGAACGCAUGUCUCUGCAGACAGAUGAAGAUGAACACAGUAUUGAAAUGCAUUUGCCUUAUACAGCUAAAGCCAUGGAAAGGUCAAAGGUUCCGUUACAGUUACUAUGAUGAAUCCCAGGGGGAGAUUUAUAGAUCCAUUGAACAUCUAGAUAAAAUGGGUAUGAGUAUUAUAGAACAAUUAGACCCUGUAUCUUUUAGCAAUUACUUGAAGAAAUACCAUAAUACUAUAUGUGGAAGACAUCCCAUUGGGGUGUUAUUAAAUGCUAUCACAGAGCUCCAGAAGAAUGGAAUGAAUAUGAGCUUUUCGUUUUUGAAUUAUGCCCAGUCAAGCCAGUGUAGAAACUGGCAAGACAGUUCAGUGAGUUAUGCAGCUGGAGCACUCACGGUCCACUGAAGCUCUGAAUCCUCAGGGAUGCCACCUGCACAUUCUCAUACUCUGUCCGGGGUCCCAGCCUAGCCUUUACCAAGAUACUGGUCCUGGUUUGGGGGGAUUCUGAAACCUCAAACUAAUAGAACUUUCUUCUCUUUUUUUCUAGUAGGUGUAGUCCUUCCUUAAUUUCAACUCAUUAAAAAAUGCUUUAUAGUUUAGGGCAGUGGAAGGAAGGCUGGCAUCAAAAUAUUUUGAUCAAAAAAGAUGACAAUGUAAAGGCUCAGUUGUGGCAGACAGUUUUUUGAAAGUAACUUGUAAAGCAUUUACCAUAUCCUAAAUUUGCACUCUUUGCAGACUUGUGCACAUAUAUUCCGCUUUCAGAAUAGUUUUGCAAAUUGUACACAAACAAACAAAAAGGUGGAAGCUUUUUAAUAAAGAAAUUGCAUUUAUAAAUGAUCUGUAUUAGAAUAUAAUAAAUCUCCAGUUAUAGUCAAUUACUACCCAUGUUGUACAACAGAUACCUUCUAUUUUAGUUGCUAAUAAAGGGCUACACAACUCAAAAUAGUCUGAUUUAAACUUAUUGCUCUGUGGUAUAUAUGAAAAUUGUUUUUUAUUAAUUCCAUCUCAGAAUUUUUGUUAAAAAUGGUAAACCUCAGCUCUUAUGUAAAAAUAUAUUAGGAUGUAUUUUAUAUUUUAUAUAUUUAUAUGAUUUUUUUUAAAUCAGAAAUUAGAAUCAUAUGAUCUUAAAGUUAACUUUUUAAAUUACAUGCAGUUUGCCUUUUUGUCUGUGACAUCCCGUUGUGUCAUUACUAUAUUGUAACAGAAUAUAUAUUCAAGAUUAGUAAAAGAACGUAGAUAUAAUCCUUGACUUCAAAGAUCAUGUUUGAUAGUCUGCAAAUGAGGAAACAUUGAAGAGUGUUCUUAGUGUUUUUCAAAUCAUUGCAGACCUUACACUGCUAUGCUUUUUUAAUGCUUUAAGCAGUUUGACUCUUUUACUUGAAUUUUUAGCAAGAGAUCAUUAACAUCAUCAACAACAACAAGCCACUGGAUUUUCUUAUGGUUACACAAUUUUUUUGUCAUGAUUUUUGGUGCGGCUCUUCCAACUAAAAUAAUGGUAUGGUGUUGUAUUACUUUCUUUCUUUAGCAUAGACCAAUUCUAGUCACUUUGGCCAAAAAAAAAAAAAAAAAAAAAAGAUAUAAUUCAGUUAAUAAUGUACUGCAUUAUACCUAUUUUAACCUAACACUGAGUGUCUACAUUAUAUUAGAGAGUGUUUAUAUCUCCAGUGUUAUGCCAGAGUAGCACAAUUUUUAGAUGCCUUGCACCAAUUUUAUUUAAAGAUUUACAUUUCUUAUUUAUUAAAUAUCAACUUUCUAUACUCGAGUGAAAUAAAAUAAUGUUAUCUUUUAGAUUCAAAGUCGCCCACCUAUGUAUGUGUGGAAAUUAUACUCUUACACAUUAGUGAUUUAUUUUCCAUAAUUUAGAUAUACUUUUGAGUACUAUUAAUAUUUAUUUCUUGUUUAAUAUGAACUAUAAAAAUUUUAAAAUUGACAACUGAAUUUUUAAAAUAAUGUUUUGUGAGUAUAAGACUAAUACAUGAUUAUUAUAGAAAAUUUGAAAAAUACUGAAAAGUUAUAAAGAAGAGAAAAAAUUAUCUGCAAUCUCACUACCCAGAGAUAACCCUGUUAAUAUUUUUCUGUAUUUCUUUUCAGUCUUUGUCUAUGCUAUUUCUAUGUAUGAGUGUGUGUACAUGUGUUUGUGUGUGUGUAAUAACAAACUUGAGGUUAUACUGACCAUAUAGUUAUGUACCCUGUUUUUUAUAACCUAACUUCAUAAAUAUUUACCCAUGUCUUUGAAAAUGUGACUUUUAAAAAUGGCUGCCUAAUGUUCUAUUGUAUGAAUAUGCCACAAUUUAACUACUUCUCUCUUUGGAUAUUAGGUUGUUCUAAUCUUUCACCAUUAUAAAUAAUAGUGGGAUAGACAUCCUUGUUUGUAAAAUUUGAUCUCUAUAUUAGACUCUUUCUUUAGGAUAUACUUAUGUACAUGGAAUAAGUAGUUUAGACAGUGAGAACUUUUUAGGCUCUUUAAAAUAUUUCCAAAUUACCUUUUAGAAAGAUUGUACUAAAUUAACAAUGUAUGAGUACCCCAUCAUUCUGCCCCUUCACCAGUAUCAUUAUUUUUUUAAUCUUUGACAGUUUAGCAUAACAACAUAAUCGGUUGUUUCUUUGACCACUUUAAUAAGAGUUGCUUUAUAAUUAAUUAUUUUUGUCUUUCUAUAAUUUUAUAGUUGAUUGAUUUUUAAAAAGACAAGAGGGUUGCCUAAGUUGGGUGGACUAUAGUACAAGUAUGAUUCUUGCACUUUUAAAACUGUAGAAGCUGGACACAAUGGUAUGCACCUGUAGUCCCAGCUACUUCAAGUGUGGAGGCAGGAGGAUCACCUGACAGUUUGAGACCAGCCUGGGCAAUGUAGUGAGCCCCCCAAAACCCUCUAAACAAACAAACAAACCUGCAGAAUAUUUCAGCAUCACUCUACAGUUUUCUAGAAUAUCAACAUACCUGGUCAUGAAGUAAAAAGAGUUCCAAAUUGAUGAUUGACUGUUGGGUUCUAGUUCUAUUUCUGCCACUAAUUAGUUCUCUGAACGUAAGUGUUUCAUAUCAUAUUGAAACUUUCUCAUUUGUAAAAUGUGGAGGGGAUCUCUUAAGUGCUUUCUAGUUUUAAAGUACUUUGAUAUUGUGACUUUAUUUUUUAGAGGUUCUGUUGUCAUUUAUUUUUAAUAGCUACAUGAAUAAUGUGGAGAUACUAUCUUUUGAUUUCAACUUCACAUACAUGGAAAUGAAAGUCUUGUUAUUUAACACAAAAG